UCAUGAGGGCUUCAUCCUCACGUUUAUCCAGCUUCUCCUCCAGGGAUUCUCUAUGGAGCCGGAUGCCGGAUCAGAUCUCCGUGUCCGAGUUUCUGUCCGAAACCACGGAGGAUUACAACUCCCCGACCACAUCGAGCUUCACCACCCGCUUACAGAACUGCAGGAACACGGUCAGCGUGCUGGAGGAGGCGCUGGACCAGGACCGCACAGCUUUGCAGAAAGUGAAGAAGUCUGUCAAAGCGAUUUACAACUCUGGCCAAGAGCAUGUGCAGAACGAGGAGAACUACGGACAGGCGCUGGACAAGUUUGGCAGUAACUUUAUGAGCCGGGACAGCUCGGAUUUGGGGGCGGCCUUCAUCAAAUUCUCCAGCCUGGUUAAAGAACUGGCAGCGCUGCUCAAAAACCUGCUCCAGAGCCUGAGCCACAACGUCAUCUUCACCCUGGACUCUCUGCUGAAAGGCGACCUCAAAGGAGUGAAAGGGGAUCUCAAAAAGCCCUUCGACAAAGCCUGGAAGGACUACGAAGCGAAGUUUACGAAAAUCGAGAAGGAGAAGCGAGAGCACGCGAAGCAGCACGGGAUGAUCCGCACCGAGAUCACCGGGGCCGAGAUCGCAGAGGAGAUGGAGAAGGAACGCAGGAUCUUCCAGCUGCAGAUGUGUGAGUACCUGAUCAAAGUGAACGAGAUUAAGACCAAGAAGGGAGUGGACCUCCUGCAGAACCUCAUUAAGUAUUAUCACGCACAGUGCAACUUUUUCCAGGAUGGCUUAAAAACUGCAGACAAGAUGAAGCAAUACAUCGAGAAGUUAGCAGCUGACCUUUAUAACAUCAAGCAAACCCAGGACGAAGAGAAGAAACAGCUGACCGCUCUCAGAGACCUCAUUAAGUCCUCCUUACAGCUGGAUCAGAAGGAGGACUCACAGAGCAAGCAGAGCGGCUACAGUAUGCAUCAGCUUCAGGGCAAUAAAGAGUUUGGCAGUGAGAAAAAGGGCUAUCUGAUGAAGAAGAGCGUCGGAAUCCGGAAGGUGUGGCAGCGGAGGAAGUGUUCGGUCAAGGGUGGAAUCCUGACCAUCUCUCAUGCCACGUCCAACAGACAGCCGGUCCGACUGAACCUGCUCACCUGUCAGGUUAAACCGGGCGAGGAUAAGAAGUGCUUCGACCUGAUCUCUCAUAAUCGCACGUAUCACUUCCAGGCAGAGGAUGAACAGGAGUUUGUGAUCUGGAUCUCAGUGCUGACUAACAGUAAAGAGGAGGCGUUAAACAUGGCGUUUCGGGGUGAGCAGAGCGCUGGAGACGACGGCCUGGAAGAUCUGACGAAAGCCAUAAUCGAGGAUGUGCUGCGCAUGCCUGGCAACGACAUGUGCUGCGACUGUGGAGCACCAGAGCCUAAAUGGUUAUCCACUAACCUGGGUAUCCUGACCUGUAUCGAGUGUUCAGGGAUUCACAGAGAGAUGGGCGUCCACAUCUCACGCAUACAGUCCAUGGAACUGGACAAACUAGGCACCUCAGAACUCUUGCUGGCCAAGAAUAUAGGGAACAGUAGUUUUAACGAAAUUUUGGAAGGGAAUCUUCCAAGCCCGUCACCGAAGCCUACACCAUCCAGUGACAUGACCGAGAGGAAGGAAUAUAUUAAUGCCAAGUACGUGGAGCAUCGGUUCGCGCGGCGUACGGCGACCACCGCCACGGCGAGGCACGGCGACCUGUACGAGGCGGUCAGGACUCGCGAUCUGCUGGGCCUCGUGCAGCUCUAUGCCGAUGGGGUGGAGCUGCUGGAGCCGUUUCCAGAGGCAGGACAGGACCCCGGUGAGACGGCUUUGCACUUCGCUGUGCGGACCGUGGACCAGACCUCGCUGCCCCUGGUGGAUUUUCUAGUUCAGAACAGUGGUUCUCUGGACAGACAGACGGAGAGUGGGAACACGGCACUUCAUUACUGCUGCACCUACGAGAAGCCUGAGUGUAUAAAACUGCUACUCAGGGGGAAGCCGAUGAUCGAUAUAGUUAAUCAGAACGGGGAGACAUCGCUGGAUAUUGCAAGGAGGCUGAAGAGCGUCCAGUGUGAGGAACCUUUGGUGGAAGCAGCAGCUGGAAAGUUCAACCCUCAUGUCCACGUGGAGUACGACUGGAACCUGCGGCUGGAGGAGAUCGAUGAGAGCGAUGAUGAUCUGGAUGACAAGCAGCCGAGUCCGGUGAAGAAGGAGCGUUCUCCACGACCGCAGAGCUUCUGCCACCCGUCGAGCGUCUCACCUCAGGAAAAGCUCUCAUUACCCGGCUACCUGAGCCACAGGGACAAGCAGCGGCUCUCAUACGGUGCUUUUGCUAACCCGGUGUACAGCACGUCCACCGAAACGCCCGCCUCUCCCGGGGCCGAGGCUCCCACGCCAGCCGUCAAGAGCGGCCCUAAAGCUCCUACCACCGGCCCUCCCACCUCUCUCCCGCUGGGUCCUCAGCCGUGUCCGAGCGGCAGCUCCACUCUGUCUAAGAAAAGGGCUCCUCCACCUCCUCCGGGAGGCCACAAACGCACACUGUCGGACCCUCCCAGCCCGGUCCUCCAGGGGCCACAGAACAAAGGGAGUGACCAGACCCCUCCUCCUGCAAACAGGACCUCCCCGGCUAACAAAUUUGAAGGAAUUCAGCAGCAGCAAAGCACUACUUCUAGUAAUACAAAAUCAACUCUGGGGCCGAGAGUCUUACCCAAACUACCUCAAAAAGUGGCGUUACGAAAGACUCCGGGCGUUUCCUCAGUGGACAAACCAGGUCAGGGUCCUGAAGUUCUGCAGAAGCCCACCCAGCUGGCGGACACGCCCACCAGAGCUGCGGACACCAUCACCAGACCCACCGAGCCUCCUCCCAAAAUUCCACAGGCGGCCGAAAGAAAGGAAUCCCAGACGGGCGAGAUUCCACCCAAACCGCACGUCUUGGACCUGCCCCCUAAACCUCAGCUUUCCGAUCUUCCCCCGAAACCCCAACUAUCAGAUUUACCCCCCAAACCCCAGCUGUCUGAUCUGCCUCCCAAACCCCAACUGAAGGAUCUUCCACCUAAGCCUCAGCUCUCUGACCUUCCCUCCAAACCUCCAGCGUCCUCCACCACCGAGCCGCCUCCAAAACAGCCGACGCUAGAAGCCGACGCGUCUUCCAGAACGCAGCAGGUGGAGGUUCAGUCCUCCACGCAGCAGUCCGAGCUCUCGCCGAGGCAAGCCAGCGAGGACACCAACGGUGCACCGGCGGGCGUCGUGGAGAUGCCCGUUCCUCUGCCACGCAAGAUAAACACGGGGAAGAGCAAAAUCAAAAGGGUAAAAACCAUCUACGAUUGCCAAGCUGACAACGAUGAUGAGCUGACCUUCACUGAGGGAGAGGUCAUCAUCGUUACAGGGGAGGAGGACCAGGAGUGGUGGAUCGGGCACAUAGAAGGGCAUCCGGAGAGGAAAGGCGUGUUCCCGAUGUCCUUCGUGCACAUUGUGUCCGACUGACGACACGACUGCCAC